CCCUCCCUCCCUACAUUGUCGCCUCGUUGCCUCCUUGCUUGGAUUGUACGAUUCGUUUGAGGAGGAGCUGGACGGUGUGUGGGGCGGAGGAGGAGGAGGAGUAGUAGUAAGAGUGUCCGGGAGCGUCCUUGAGAGGAGGGCGGGAAGUGAGUAGGAAGAAAGUGUAUUGCAGUUGCAACCCUUCGUGUGUUUUCCUGGGAUUGCGCCUGGUUGUCUGUGCAUGCACAUGUUGUGGACACGACGGACACGUGAAAUCGCCGGGGUCCCCACCAGAGGUACGCAUCACCAGGGAAGGGCCCUGCAACGCAUUUCGUGCAGUUGUUCUACCUCCGUCGUGAUGGACCAACACGCAUGCUGACAAAAUUCCCAAUGGGACUCGGGGGAUUGAUUUCCUAUCCAGCAUGGGUUCUUUGUGAGGAUAUGCAACUGAGGUGUAAGGAGGACUGGUCGCUGGCUCAAUAGGAUCCUAGAGUGGUGGUCUACGAAAAACGAUUCUGGGUCAACGUUGAGUUUUGAGGUCGAGGGCGUGUCAACUGAAGGGUGUGGUGUGCUUCGAGAAUGCUCAAGAAAAUCUGACGUUUGUGACAGAUUAUGCAGCACCGAAGCUGUAGCUAGUUGCUUUCAUUUUCGAUUGGUUGUAUUUGUGUGACCAACCUCAGCGUGGAAAGUAGGUGAAGAACUUUGUAUUCAUGGUUUCGUUGAAAAUUGGGUGCGAUUGUUGAUAGUUUGGUGGUGUGAAGAAAGGUAGUGUUUGUGAAGAGGUUGUCACGAAAUUGGGGUUUUAGGGGGGGGGGUUUACCUACUUGCAGCUGCCGGAUGAAGAGAGUAGUGUUGUCUGAGGUAGAUGGCGUUUGUUUCCACUGCGGGACAGAAACAGCUGGGGCCUGAGAGGGGUACAGGGUCGCCUUCAUCCCUGAGGUGCAACAGGUACAGAGAGACAGCGCCUGGAGAUUUUGCCGCUCAGCAACAACGACAGUUUCACGCAGUGCAGAACAGGCACAGCAUGGCGCAUCAGCAGGACGAAAGGUCCCAACUUCACCAUUUCACUCUCAACGAAGAUACCAAACCUUCUACGCACGACUUUCUUUCUGUCUACGACAAAGGAUCACAGCUAGCGGAACACCAUUUAAGUUCCGGAUUGUCUUCAUUAUUGACCACUCAUGAUUUUCUACAACCAUUGGAAAGGAGCGGAGGCCGUUCCGCUUCCGGUGACGCUCGGGCUCUGCGUGAGCACCAGGCAAGAGCAGAGACUACGACAUCUCGGAAUUCUACUCCCGCCUCUGCUGAACGAAACUUUACCACAGCCUCACCUAAUUACCCAAACAUCCAGGUUCCAUAUGUUAUGGCUCCAAAUUCUGCGAUUCGCAUGGUGGAUGAGGCGGAGGUCAUGCGCCAAGCCAGAGGGUACCCCACAGCGAGCUUCUCCUCUCGCGAUGGUCAGAGUGGCGGCCCCGAGUCCUUUAGGGGCGUCGAGGUGGCGGCGGAUCCGGAAACAGCUAAUGCACGAGAGAACCACGCAUACUGGUCGGGAGUCAGGCUAAAAUUUCGUAUGCCAUCAGACUUGGGUUUUCCUGCAGGUAGCUCAGCAGUAAAAAGUGCAGUUGUUAAUGGACAUCAAUCGAUAUCAGCUAUGACCAAGCAGUGGACACAGGGUACGAUCGAGGUACCCAAACGGCCCGCCCGAUCACAAUCUGAGGAAGACGAAGAUGAUGAAGAAGAAUUGUCGGAGUGGCCGAAAGGAAAUCGGAAAGAGACAAUUUCAUACAAAGGGGAUCCAGUACAGAGAAUGGAAGCGAAGAAUGGAGAGAUAAGGGGUAGCACCCCAAGGUCUAAGCAUUCAGCUACUGAGCAACGGAGGCGUAGUAAAAUCAACGACAGGUUUCAAAUGCUGAGAAACUUAGUUCCCCACAGUGAUCAGAAGCGAGAUAAAGCAUCCUUCUUGCUCGAGGUUAUUGAGUAUGUACAAGUUCUUCAAGAGAAGGUGCAGAAGUAUGAAACUGCUGAGCAAGGAAGGCAUCAGGAAAGACUCAAAUCUAUGGUCUGGGAUCUCUGCAAGCGAGGGGCGGCAGGAUCAGCAGAUGAAGCAUCACAUAUUAAUGCGCUUGUUUUCGGUAAGAGCUUCAGCUCGGGUGUUGGUCCGUUGGACAUUAAUCCAGUGACAGAAGCCGAUGGUGGUGUUCGUGCAAAACAUCCAUCUGAACAAGCUGCGCCUACAUGUGAAGUUUAUUCUACUAGUGGCCCUGGUAUUCACCAGAUUUCUAAUCAACCAGCUUGUAGCAUACACAGCUGUAUUUCAUCAUUUGACGGUGAGAAAGAGCAUGCCACUGCACUCACUGCACAGCCGUUCGCAGUGGGUGUGCCUCUUCAGCAGGCCCUUCCUUUACCAUAUGCCUUACCCAUCAUCCCCUCAAGACUUCAGAGUGAUCUGGAUGGUGGUCGAAGUAUACUAGGCUCAAAUUCUCCUGCUAAGGAAAAGAUGAGUGACUUGGAUCCUGUCAGUUCGCGUGAGAAUGAGUGCGCUCAUGCAACCACUCCCGAUCACCAGUUCGAAGUCAGACCUCGCAUCUCACCUCCUAGCCAAGCUGACCAAAUCUCUGGCCAGCAAUCAAAAGCAGAACAUCAGAUCGCAGCUGGGACAGUUGUUGGUAUGAUAGAUGGAGCCCAAGCAGGGCAACCAUCUAAUGCUAGUGCUUCUAGACAACCACAGGAGUCGGCUCAGUGUAAAGACAAAGCGGUCAAACCUUCAAGGCAUUCACCAGAGCACCGAAGUGAUCAGACCACACCUGAAGAUGGAUCUGCUGCUUCUCCUGGUCCUGUUCAACCUCCACGUAUCCAAGGAGGGGUCAUCAACGUGUCUUCUGUGUAUUCCCAAGGGUUGUUGGACACAUUGACGCGAGCAUUGCAGAGCUCAGGAAUUGAUCUAAGUCAAGCUAACAUAUCUGUUCAAAUUGAUCUGGGAGUUAAUGCUAGAGCGGCGGCUGCUGACACUUCUGCCAAGGUUGCUACAACACCUGAAUCUUCGGAUCAGUCUCAAGGAAGGACACGACCAGCACCCGUCGCUGCGGAGCAUGAACCUGCAAUGAAAAGGCCGAAGGUCGAGAAGGAUGUCUAGAAUUUCAGGAUGCCUUGUGUGAUCAAUUCCAGAAAAUUGUAUAAUGCCUGUUUGUGAUUUAUGUCUAUGGGUUGUGACCUAUGUGGUCCCAAGCUUACAUAGCAUCUUGAGGAAGCUUGGGAAUUUUGAUGCGCAAGCAAGAAUUACGCUGGGAGAACUGUAGAUGAAAUUUCGACGAAAGAUAUGCCAGCAUCCA